AUGGCAUCUUGCGAAACUGCUCAACAGGCGGACCUUAAAUCGAUCUCACUAGCCGGGCUGCUGAAAGGAGAUGCCGACACUGCAAAUGAUCUCGUGUCUGCCUGCAAAGAAAAGGGGUUCUUUUAUCUCGACUUUCGUGAUCCUUCGACUUGCGAGACCUUGACACAGACCGAUGAACUCAUCGCCGUUGGGAGGUCAGUUUUCAAGCUUUCACUGGAAGAGAAAGAGCAGUACAGCACCGAAAAGCAUCUGCCGUCGAGACUUCAAGGUUAUAAGCGAGCUGGCUGCUCUGUCGGACCAUUCGCAGAAAAGAAGGAUGGCUAUGAAAGCUUUUCGAUCCAUCACAAUGGCCUCUGGGGCAAUGACACAUUGGAACUUCCUCAGGCCUUUGAGGAGAACUUGCCUCUCAUUAAGGCUUGGAUGGGAGAUGUUCACGGAUACACCGAGUGUAUUCUCUCUACCCUGUCAAAAGCUCUCAACUUAUCUUAUGACUUGAAGGAUUGUCACCGCAAGGAUGCUCCCUCAUCUGCUAACAUGGCUAUGCUUAACUACCUACCGUGGGGCAGCAGCGCCGAGAAGGUUGGAAACAUGGCACAUACCGAUAUGGGAACCCUGACUGUUGUGUUCACCAAAAAUGAAGGCUUGCAAGUCUUCGAACCCCAGACUGAGCAGUGGUACUAUAUCAAACCUCGUCCCGGACAUGCAGUUGUCAACGUCGGAGACUCACUGCGGUUUCUAUCCAACGGUGCACUGGCUUCGAACCUCCACCGUGUUGUACCACCAGCGAACCCGGAAGGACUCGACAAGUUCUCCUGCAUCUUCUUCCUACGCCCAGAGUUCGAUGCGAAGUUCACCUCCCAUGACGGAAAGCAGAUGAACAGCGUCGAGUGGCAUAAUCAGAAAUAUGCUCUGUUCCGCGAGGCAAGCCUGGAUGCUAAGCAGCACGGGGCUAUGCUGACUGGUCGUAAUGGGUAUCUUGGUGCCACGACCCAAACCGUUUAG